AUGGCUAACCUCCUCACGGCUAACCCCCUCACAUCUAAUCUCCUCACGGCUAAUCUCCUCAUGGCUAACCCCCUCACGGCUAACCUCCUCACGGCUAACCUCCUCAUGGCUAACCCCCUCACAUCUAAUCUCCUCACGGCUAACUUCCUCACGGCGAACUUCCUCACGGCUAACCUCCUCACGGCUAACCCCCUCACGACUAACUUCCUCAUGGCUAACUUCCUCACGGCUAACCCCCUCACAGCUAAUCUCCUCACGGCUAACUUCCUCACGGCUAAUCUCCUCACGGCUAAUCUCCUCAUUGCUAACCUCCUCACGGCUAACUUCCUCACGGCUAAUCUCCUCACGGCUAACUUCCUCACGGCUAACUUCCUCACGGCUAAUCUCCUCAUGGCUAACCCCCUCACGGCUAACUUCCUCAUGGCUAACCUCCUCACGGCUAACCCCCUCACGGCUAACUACCUCACGGCUAACCCCCUCAUGGCUAACCUCCUCGCGGCUAACCCCCUCACGGCUAACUUCCUCACGGCUAACUUCCUUACGGCUAAUCUCCUCAUGGCUAACCCCCUCACGGCUAACUUCCUCACGGCUAACUACCUCACGGCUAACCCCCUCAUGGCUAACCUCCUCGCGGCUAACCCCCUCACAGCUAACUUCCUCACGGCUAACUUCCUUACGGCUAAUCUCCUCUUGGCUAACCCCCUCACAGCUAAUCUCCUCACGGCUAACUCCCUCACGGCAAACCCGCUCACAGCUAAUCUCCUCACGGCUAACUUCCUCACGGCUAACCCCCUCACGGCUAACUUCCUCACGGCUAACCUCCUCACGGCUAACCCCCUCACGGCUAACUUCCUCACGGCUAACCUCCUCACGGCUAACCCCCUCACGGCUAACUUCCUCACGGCUAACCCCCUCACGGCUAACUGUAUGUUGUUAGAAUUUUUUUAUUCUGUUUUAAGAGGACAUAUAAUUUAUAACAUUCUAGGCAGCUAG